CGAAAAAACUAUCUGUCCGGUCCACAGAUACAAAUUAAGCUUGACUGGAAGGCUUCACAAAAGUGUCAAUAUCCUCUACACGCACUAGAUUCGAAACGCAAACCUCAUCGGGACCGAGGUAUAGGGAAGAGAAUAUCGGAGGAAAUCUAUCAGGAAUGGAAUGUCUUUGUACCUGUGGGAUCAAGUAUUUGUAAAACAUGUGAUGCACAUCACAGGGAUCUAUUGGUGAGAAAAAAUAUGCCUUCAAGUCAGGUGACAGUCACUGAUGAGCAACAGCCUGGUCCUUCAAUGGUACAGUUCUCAUCAAUUCUUCCUUCUACGGUUCUACCUCCAACGGACUCGGAGAAUGAGUGUGAGUCUCCCAUGCCAGAGAAUAUCCAAGAGAUAGGAGAUGAUGAUUCAAGUGCUGAAAGCAUUAUCAAGGGUGGCCAGUUUCUCCAAGUUGCUGAGUCUAGUAAUGGGGAAUCGCCAUCAAGCCAAGAAGAGCUUGAAGUUGAUAUGUCCUGUGCACCAACACCAGCUCCAGGGAACUAUGAUGUUGCGAUGGUCAACCGGUUUUUGCAGCAGGGAAUUGUGCUCCUGUUGAUGGACAGCUCCACCGCAAAUUGGAAGAGAUCCUCUUUUCAUAUUGAUCUCAGGUAUGGAGAAGCCAUCCUGUUAUUCCUACCUGACUUUUGUUUUACCCAACAAUCUGGAUAGUUGUAUUAUCAGUGCUCAAGCCAAGCAAUAACGUUGCUAAUUGUAGGAGUACAUGUAGUUCUCGUGUGAUUCCAGGAAAGUACACUUUGAAUCUUCUAAAGAGUACUUC